GUCAGCAAUCGUCCACGCCAAAAAGCCAAUCUAUCCCCAAUUCCCCCACCAUCUUCCCAGCAAGCACCUCAUACCUCAACAGCACUGGUACCCGUUUUGUCAUUACAGACCAGAGCCUCAAACACCAAAACACACUCUUAACAAACACCCUUAUCUUUGUUUCUCUUUCUUCAAUCCAACGAUGGCUUCCCUUUCUCUCCCCAAGCACACAAUUCCCACUCUACUCCAUACUCAAACACCCAAAGCCACCCCAUCCUCGCACAACCUCUUAAUUGUACCCAAAUCAUCUCAAUCCCUGUUUUACGGUCUCAAGCUCGCUAACUCUUUCUCUGUUUCAGUCCCAUCUUCUUUUCCGGUGAAGACUUCCGUUGUAGCUAAGGUGAACAAAGGUUCAGUACCUCCAUCAUUUACAUUGAAAGACCAAGAUGGAAGGAAUGUGACCCUUUCCAAGUUCAAGGGCAAGCCUGUGGUGGUCUAUUUCUACCCUGCAGACGAAACCCCUGGCUGCACCAAACAGGCAUGUGCCUUUAGGGACUCAUAUGAAAAAUUCAAGAAAGCAGGAGCAGAGGUCGUUGGAAUUAGUGGUGACGAGCCGUCAUCACACAAGGCAUUUGCAAAGAAAUACAGACUUCCGUUCACACUGCUGAGUGAUGAUGGUAACAAAGUUAGAAAAGACUGGGGCGUGCCAGCAGAUCUGUUUGGCACAUUGCCUGGAAGACAAACAUAUGUUCUUGACAAGAAUGGAGUGGUUCAACUCAUUUAUAACAAUCAGUUCCAACCUGAAAAGCAUAUCGAUGAGACUUUGAAGCUGCUUCAAAGUCUUUGAGCCUUUCUUGAUCUGGAUCCUUUUUUCCAUAUGUUUUGACCUCUCUGUGCCCGUUAAAUUUGCUCGCCCGAAGCUUAUUAAUCAUCUGUCAUAUGGAUUUUUGUGAAUUGUAUGCUCUGUAAUUACAGUAGAUAUUCGUUGGCUUGGAUAAUGAGAUUACUGAAUUUACAGUCACAUGUAAUGUGACGGAAUGAAACCUGCGUUGAGAUGUGUGGUUACUGCUCAAACAACUCCUUGCUUAAUGGAACGUUUGAAAGUUUAAUUAAGGUGAGCUGAUACCUAAUCAGAAUGCUAUUAAUUUCUUUAACUUUUUUUUUUGUCAGAAU